CGCACAGUACACAGAAGGCCUUGCAAAUACCGGGUGCAGCUAAGAGCGAUUCUCUACUUUUUUAAAUAAACAGCGACUGAGGGACGAUUCCUGUGAAAUCCGGACACCGUUACCCGCAAUCCCUGGACUGUCCUGCUCAAUCUCCUCUCUCUCAGCCCCACGAUCCGUACACGGGCCCCGGGGAGCUUCCGGCUGAUGAGGGAAUGGGAACCGAUGGAUUCUCAGACAGAGCUGAGCUCCAGCUAUCUAAAUGCAAGGAUUAGGAACUCGGAGAAAGGGAACAAAAUCUUUUACAUCAGCAGUUGAGAAGAUCACCUUUGUUCUUUCCUCAAUCACAAACAAGAGAACAUCUGCAGAUGCUGGAAAUCCAAGCAACACAAAUUGCUGGAUGAACUUUUCCACAGAUGCUGCCAGACCUGCUGAGUUCCUCCAGCAUUUUGUGUGUGUUCUUGUUCUGGACUUUUCUACCGGUGAGAAUAUGUUUUGUCCCAUUCUCUUUGGGUACAUAAUGAUAUCAAACACCUUUGUCCUGGGCAACAAGUAACUUUCACAUCACAAAUGUGCCGGACUCCAAUGAGACAGACUGCUGCCCUUCACUUCAUAUUAAUUGGCAUUGCCAUCACUGUUAAAAACGAGAAGGAAUUUGUCUCCUGGAAGCUCAAACAUGACACGCCAGUUUUGCUGUCUCUGUCUAGAUAUUUAAGAAGUGGAGCAAGGGAUUCAAUCGACCAUCCUUCCUGCUCAGACUGUGGGGACGGAUUCACUCGGUUAACUGACCAACUGGCAUGUCUGUCAUUUUACACAGGAGAAAGGCCAUUCACCUUCUCAGACAGAGGGAAUGGAUUCACUCGGUCAUCUCAACUGAAGGUACAUUAGCAAGUUCACACUGGGCAAGGCCACUCACCUGUUCUGUGGGUGAGAAAGGAUUCAAUCAGUUUUCCCACCUGUGGACACACCAGUCAGUUCACACCUGGCAGAAGCUGGUCAUCUGCUGAAUUUCUGGGAAAAAGAUUCACUCAGUCAUCUGACUUAAUGGCUCACCAGCGAGUUCACAUCAGGGAGCGGCCAUUCACUUGCUCAGUCUGUGGGAAGAGAUUCAUUAAAUCAUCCCACCUGCUGAGUCAUCAGCGAGUUCACACUGGGGAGAAGCCGUUCACCUGCUCAGAAUGUGGGAAGAGAUUCUCUGAGUUAUCCAACCUACAGAAUCAUCAGCGAGUUCACACUGGGGAGAAGCCAUUCACCUGCUCAGAAUGUGGGAAGGGAUUCACUCAGUCAUCCCACCUGCAGAGACACCAGCGAGUUCACACUGGGGAGAAGCCGUUCACCUGCUCAGACUGUGGGAAGAGCUUCACUCACUUAUGCAACCUACAGAAUCAUCAGCCAGUUCACACCGGGGAGAGGCCAUUCACCUGCUCAGAAUGUGGGAAGGGAUUCACUCGGUCAUCCCAUCUGAAGGUUCAUCAGCGAGUUCACACUGGGGAGAAGCCGUUCACCUGCUCAGUCUGUGGAAAGGGAUUCACUGAUUCAUCCACCCGGCAGAAACAUCAGCGAGUUCACACUGGGGAGAAGUCGUUCACCUGCUCAGAAUGUGGGAAGGGAUUCACGGAUUCAUCCUGCCUACUGGUACAUCAGCGAGUUCACACUAGGGAGAAGCCGUUCACCUGCUCAGAAUGUGGGAAGGGAUUCACUCAGUCAUCCAGCCUACUGAUUCAUCAGCGAGUUCACACUGGGGAGAGGCCCUUCACCUGCUCAGAAUGUGGGAAGGGAUUCACUCAGUCAUCCCAUCUGAAGGUUCAUCAGCGAGUUCACACUGGGGAGAAGCCGUUCACCUGCUCAGUCUGUGGAAAGGGAUUCACUGAUUCAUCCACCCGGCAGAAACAUCAGCGAGUUCACACUGGGGAGAAGUCGUUCACCUGCUCAGAAUGUGGGAAGGGAUUCACGGAUUCAUCCUGCCUACUGGUACAUCAGCGAGUUCACACUGGGGAGAAGCCAUUCACAUGCUCAGAAUGUGGGAAGAGAUUCACUCAAUCUUCCACCCUACAGGCACACCAGCGAAUUCACACUGGGGAGAAGCCAUUCACUUGCUCAGUCUGUGGGAAACAAUUCACUCUGUCAUUCCAACUACUGAAACACCAGCGAGUUCACACAGGGGAACGGCCAUUCGCCUGCUCAAAAUGUGGGAAGAGAUUCGCUGGAUCAUCCAACCUACAGAGACAUCAGCGAGUUCACACUGGGGAGAAGCCGUUCACUUGCUCAGUCUGUGGGAAGGGAUUCACUCAGUCAUCCCAACUGCUGUCUCACCAGUCAGUUCACAAUGGGGAGUGGCCAUAGUUAUGAAUCCCUGGGUUUCGUUUGCUGCGGACUGUCAUUUUAAGAGAGAGCGAGAGAGAUUACGAAGGUGUAUCAGUCUGACUUGCAGCUUGUUUACAUCCCUUGCAGCUUGUUUCGUUUUAACCAAGGACACAGACAAUCAGAGUCAGACAGAGACGAAGGAGGAAAAAUGGAAGGAUCGACACCUGGGAACUAGAGGCCAAAUAGAGGUUUGGAACUUUCCUAUGCCCACAAGGUCGGGUUAAUUAUCAAUUCACCAUACAUCAAAUUUGUAGUUGUCACCGUGUUUGAUCCAUAGGAGUGGAUCUUAUUUGGGGUGUCCUAUGAAGACCACUGAUGUGUUAACCGUUCCCUGGGUGUGGUGUGGUAAUUCACUUGAAGACGAUACCGCUUGUGACAAGUCACUUUCGGUGAUAAAUCUUAUGAGGGUUUGGAAUGACGACAAAAUCGACAGCGACUGUUGUGUGGUUUUACCACCAUGGAAUCUGUGGAAUUCAACAUAAUUGCCUUCUCUCAACAUUUACCCUGGAUUUCAAAUAUCUCUCUCAUCACCUAUUCUGUGGUUGAACUGAACUUUCAUAUUUUACCAUCCCAAGACUCCAAGCCUUGUUUCCCCCGAGCUCAAUAGUUUGGGAGUUUUAUUUAAACACAUAUAUACACAUAACACUGUUAACUUUUGUUUAUCUUGCUUAAGUUACUAUAUUACAAGUAGAUUCGAAUAAAGAUAGUUUUAACAUCAAAAACAGACUCCAGGUAUAGUCUAUUGCUGCUGGUUCAUUUCUAAAACGUUAUGAUUCGUAACAAAAUUGGGGCCUGCAUCCAGUAUAUGAACAGAUUUGGGUGCGUAUUCAUUAAUUAUCAAUUUCAUCCCUUUUCAUUUAUUGGUGUGUGGAAAAUCAGCAGCAAUGGAUGCUGAUAGAUGUCUGGAAGCACCAACCUCUGAGGCAUUAGAGGACGCCAGAAGGAUUGAGUUGUUGAGCCUUGCUAGAAGGGUAAAACUUGCUAAGGUGAAAUUGACAAUGAGGAGGGCACAGAUGCAGAGGAUAACAGCUGAACAUUAUGAAUUUGUUGGUGUUUUUAAAGUGGAGGAGUUGGAGGUGUUUCCUGAAAGUAAACCUAGUGAGCAUGAGCUCCAGUACAAGUGAGAAAAAUUAAACUGGAGGCUGCGGAAAGGCAGAGGCAGUUUGAGGCUAGAAAAGCAGAAAAAAACAGAGAAGAGGCAGAAAAAUAGAGGGAGGAAACAGAAAAACAGAGGCUGUUUGAGCUGGAAAAGAUAAAGAGGUUGCAGCAAAGGAGUCCAGCGUUUUUCUCUGGUGAUAAAUUUGAGGCCAGUUGGGAAGUUAAAUUGGUCCCUCCAUUUGACGAAGCAGAGAUUGAUAAAUACUUUCAGCAUUUUGAGAAGGUUGCUCAGAGUUUAAAGUGGCCAAAAGAGGUUUGGCCUAUUCUCUUACAAAGUGUAAUUAAGGGGAAGGCUCAGCAAGCCUAUUCUGCUUUGACAGUUGAUGAAGCAGCUGAUUGUGACAUAGUGAAACAGGCUGUGCUCAAAGCUACGAGUUUGUCCCAGAAUCAUACAGGCAAAAGUUUAGAAAUUUGAGGAAAUCCAUGAACCAGACUUUUAUGGAAUUUGCUUAUGAGAAGAUUGUGUGUUUUGACCGCUGGUGCACAUAUAAAAAUGUGAAUGAUGAUUUUAGCAGCUUGAAAGAGUUGGCUUUAAUUGAAGAACUCAAAAGGUGCGUCCCUGAUGACAUAAAGAUAUAUUUAGAUGAAAAGGAUGCUGCCACUUUGCAGGAGUCUGGGAAACAGUUGAAGGAGAAAUAUUCUGGUCUUGCUUGUUACUAUUGUAAGAAAGCUGGUCAUGUGAUGGCUGACUGUUCUGUCCUGAAGAUGAAAAAGGAAAAGGAGGCAGUCCCAAAUGCCCUUGGCCAGUAUGUUGAAGCAGCUAUCAACCCACUG